AAAAAAAAAUACAAAUUAUUAUUCAUCAUGAGUAGGAUUCUAAUAUUAUUUAUUCUAGGACUUGGAAUAAAAUACACUGAAGGAAUUUGGCCCCCUUCGUAUAAGGUAGAUUUGGAGGACAAGCAAUCUUUUGUAAUUUCUUCGGACGAGGAUUACAAUGAAAAUGAAAAUGAAAUGAUUAAACGGGAGGAUCUAGCAGAAAUCGAAUCUUUUGCAGAAGAUGAACAUAAAUACGAACCAUUGCAUUCCCACGUGGAAAAUUUUAAUAAAAGAGAGGCUGAAAAAGUAGACAGACUUUCUCGAAGUAUUUAUUUGCACCCAAUAACGGAGGCGCCUUUUAUAGAAGAACCUAAACCAUUUAUCGCUGGGUUCAAAUCCGAACUGAACAAGUACGCCUUUGAAAACAUUGAAAAUCCAGAUGAUUCCCUCAAAAAAAGAUCUCCCAAAUUGGACAUUACAACCAUAAAAUCAUUGUUCAAAAAACUAUUUUCUGCAACACCAGCAAUGAAAAAUCUGGGGUCUCAGCAGCAGGGAAUUCACGACAGCAGAGACAACAGAAUCCGAAUUCACGGUUACAAUUCAAAGUCAAUCGACAGAAUUUUUCACUCAUGAUUUCGGAAAUCUUUAUCUAACAACGAUUCGCACAACAGUUUCCGAAAUGUAUGAUUAUCAAGAUGAAGUGAAGGAAACAACUUUGACUGGCAGCACAGAUGAAAUUGAUUUGGAUCGAUCCUUAGAAAAAACUACAACUUCUAAUUUUCAAAUUACAGAGGAUUACGAUUAUGAUAAAUUAAAAGCAGAAUAUUAUUACCAGAUUCAAGAAUUUCAGAGAAGAAAUGAAACUUUCAAUUAUACGGAUCAAGGAGAAUCGGAAGAGACAGCAAAAGCUGCUCUGAAAAAAAUUGUCGAUUUUAAAAUGCCGAGGAAUUGUACCAAAGAGGAAUUGUCCCAAAUAGGAGUUAAGGCUUUUGAAUGUUUGAUUUUUGAUUAUCAACAUGCAAAAAAUAAGACUGAUGUUAAGAAAGUUUUGGAUAGAACUUGGAUGGUCAUUAAAAUAUGGGUUUUGAUCUAUUUCUGCAUUGCCAUUCCCUGCUGGUGUCAAAAGGGAUGGUGUUGCUGUUGCUUUUGUUGUGAGACUUGUUUUCCUAUGGAAAUAAUUGUAGCCGAGAAGAAAUAUUUUUCGGAAAAUCCUCCUGGUACUUUAGUCAAAGGGAUCAAAGACAGUACAAUAGUCAAAAAAGAGAGAGUGAACUAUAAGCCUACUCUUUCAGAAUACGACGCUUACGAAAAAUUCGAAAGUGCGAUAAGAAAUAUUUGAAAGAAAAAGGAAUUUCCAUAUGAAUUGUGUAUUUCUAGGAUAAAAUUAGAAUUUAAUUUAUGUUUAGGGUUUGGUAUGUCAAU